CACCAGAGCACCCGCACUUUUUAAAAAUCGGCAAAGCCUUUGCCUUCGGUUCUUAGUUCGUUGCCUUCACACAAACAGAAGAAACAAUGGGAUGUACGCAGUCUAAAACAGCCAAGGACGCCGUUGCUGGAAACGCCAAUGGAAAUCCAGCAAAAGGUGUUUCGUCAGUCAAGCCAACGGAGAUCACCAUUGCAUCUUCGUCUUCUCCAACUCCGGUGCAACCAUCCGAUCUCACAACCAGCCAUACCGUCUCUUCUGAUGACCACGAUGGAGCCCUCUCUUCUGGAGUCUCCAAAGAUUCCGUCACUACAGAAAACAACACCAACAGCGUAGAGGAAUCCCUCACGAAGAACCAUGUAGCUGACAAUAGUGCCAACGUGGACACUCCGAAGAGGGAUACACACACAACCAACAACGUUACAACCAUCAUGACGAGCGAAACCACAGUGGCUCUUUCUGAAAGCAUUGAAAUUACAACGUCUGCAACAAAUAAUAUUGCCAAUAGGGUUGACACCCCAACAGCAGUAGAUGAGCCACCAACCAAAAAUCUUGCCUCCACACUGAAGAACAGUCCUUUGCAACAAUCUGACAAUUUAAGUAGUGAUGCUGCUGAUGAUGAGGUUAUGGUCAAAAAUGAGGACAAGGAAGCCACGGAAGAACCAAAGCAGCCACAUGAACGACCAACGAUGGAUACACCCGGAGAACCGGUGCUGAUUAAAGAACAGACCACUGAAAUUGAAACCGUGGCAGUGCUUGACAAGGAUGAGAAUGCCGAAACUGUAGCUGAGGAAGCUGAGCCUCCUGUUAGCACCUUGGAAGAGCGUAUUCCUUUGGAGCACAUUGAAAGCACUAUUGAAGUGGUGGCAUUGGAAAAGGAAGAUUCCGUAUCCAAUGCGAAUUCUUUUUCUGGUGAACACAACACGGAGGAUGCGGACACGAAAGUCAGCAUGAAUCCAAAGAUCACUUUUUCAGAUAUCACUGUCGACUCAUCCGUCUCGGAGAAGAAGAUUGAGCUUGACCCGGCAAAGAGCAGCUCUAAGCAACAGCCAAAGUAUUGUGUUGGAUGCUUUGUAGAGGAGAUUUCAUCUGGAGCCUUCAAAUUCUGUGCCAAAUGCAAGACUGUCAGCUAUUGCAGCAGAGAUUGCCAAGUACAACAUUGGAAGGUUCAUAAGAAAGUCUGCGGCAAGAGUGGGGUUUUGGACGCUGGUAAGACAAGCAUUCAAGUGCACGAUUUCGCUGCGGAUGAAAGCAGUUUUGUUGAGACCUCUGUUUUGAAGUCUACUUCUCGUGAAGAUGCCGUCAAAGAGCUGGAAGCUGUUCUUCGACGGCUGCGAAGUGAGGAAUCGCAAGAGGAAGAUCAGCCAACGUUUGAAAUCGUGGCUCUGGAUGACGACAACAAGCCCAAGGAAGAAGAACCGGAUCCAGUAGAGACUGCGAGAGAAUCCAUUUUGGAUGAAACAGUUUCGGAAAUGCUCGAGAGUGGUUUGUUCGGAGAAGAGAUUGAGACUGAAGCUCCCAAGUCACCCAAAGACAUCGUUCCUCCUCCUCCAUCUGUGGAUGAAAACACUCCAAUUUUGCUGCAAGUUCCUGAGGUUCGUACUUGUGCCGGUUGCAGUUCUGUGGAAAAGGCGAUGGGAGCAUUCAAGAGUUGUGCCAAGUGUCGAGUUGUAUUCUACUGCAAUCGGAAGUGCCAAAAGAGUCAUUGGAAGGAACACAAAAAGAGCUGCUGCAAGAGCGAUCCUAAUGCCAGUAGAAAGAGCAGCCUGCUCCUCCAGGCCAAAGAUACCAGUUUGACAACGAUCCAGGCUUCCUAAAAACAAAGUGAAAAGUAUUCCGUGUAUCUGUCUGUAUUGGUGAAAGGGGGUGACAUUCAAACAAAGAAAACAACAACAAAGCUGGCUAAGACCAUCUUCAGGAGCUUAGAACUAAAGGAAGAAGCCAAUCCAGUCAACUCUCGAACAUUGCCAACACUUCCAAGGGUGUUGCCGACCAUGGUGACCAUGAUGGUUGAGCCGACAGAGCACCUCGAUAAGCCGACAGAGCUGUUUACAUUAGGUGGCCGAUAUAGUUACCCAAUGAGGUUAAUCUCUGGUAGUAUGUUAUCCGAGUAACUAGGUUUUCGUCACUGCCGACUCUAGCUACCGGUAGUCAGAAAACCGUCACAUGUUCCAAGGUACUUCCCGACAGCAUAGCAAAAAGUAUUAGACUAGACUAGCUAGAAGCCCCAACGAGGCUCUGCUUCCCCGGUCCCCGAUGGUUUAAUGCAAGCGCCAUUCUACUAGCUAGACUACUAGCUAGC